CUGGUGGUGGCCCUAGACGUGGUCGAGGCAGACAGGCACAUGGUCCACAGAAUCCACAGUUAUUUCAAGAUACCAGCACAGUACCACAACAUCCCCAGGGAGGCUAUGAGCAGCCACCAGGACCAGGCUAUGGCCCGCCUCCCCAACAGUAUGCAGGAGGCUAUGGUUCUCCCCCAGCACCAGGUUACUCUGGCAGUCCAGAACAACAUUAUAUGGGACAACAGCUGUUCCAGGAUCCUAUGGCAGGCAUGGCCAUGCAGUAUGGAACAUCCUUAGCUGGACAAGGCAAAGAUUUGGUGCAAAAAAAUAUUGAAAAGUAUGUUUCAACUUCAAAAGUGAAGGAUUACUUUGAUGUGGACACUGUUUAUGUAUGCAAGAAAUUAGGACUUCUUGUUUUUCCAUUUACUCAUACAGAAUGGUCUGUACGGUACCAAGAACCUGUUACCCCAAGAAUGGAUAUCAAUGUGCCAGAUUUAUACAUACCAGUUAUGGCUUUUGUAACAUAUAUUUUAACAGCCGGGGUGGCAUUGGGAAUUCAAAAUAGAUUUACACCAGAACAACUUGGCAUCCAGUCCAGUUCAGCACUUGUGUGGUUGAUAAUUGAGAUGCUGGUCAUAUGGUUAAGCCUGUAUAUAACCAAUGUACAGUCAGAUAUUAAAUACUUGGAUUUGGUGGCUUUUUGUGGAUACAAAUAUGUGGGCAUGAUUCUAAGCCUAGUGGCAGGCUUGAUAUUCCACUCAGGGGGAUAUUAUUUUGCUUUACUAUGGAGCAGCCUCACACUUGCUUUCUUCUUGGUGCGGACAUUAAAAAUGAAAAUUCUUGCACAGCCAGAUGGUUAUUCCCAAGGAUCAGGAUCAAAAUCUGCAUUAUAUAUGCUGGUCUUCAUAGCCCUGGUUCAGCCACUGUUUAUGUGGUGGCUGACUAGUCAUAUUAUGUUUGUCAAAGCUCCCAUUGUCAAUUUGUCUGGUGGACCUUACUGAAGUGGUGGAAUCAAUUGGAGACCUUAUGAUGUUUUAUUGAAGUUAAACAGACUGUCUUUCUGUUUUGGGAAAUAAUUUUCCUCAAAUAUGCUUUGAUACCAACUAUGCUGGUUAGCAUCAUUAUUAGAAUUAUGCAAUGCUGUUAUUCAUAUAUCAAAGUAUUGUAAAAAGUGUUCAAGUAUUAUGACAUCUUCAAACGUUUAAGAGAAUAGUUAGAUAUUUAUUAGGGCUGUCAAUACAUUUAGGUCACAGUAGCAUUCCUUGGUAUAAAAGACAACCAUGCUGCUGACAAAUGAAGUUGAAUUGGAAUUGGAAACUCAUCUUAAUGAAAAAAUGCACUAUUGGCGUGUGAAAUGAAAACCAAUGGGAAAAUGGAUUUAUUAUGACGAAAACUUGCUAAAAUAUGAGUCGAAACAAGAACUACCAGUGAAGGGCUAUUUGUUCACAGAAAUGUAGACUUUUAAACUUACAAUGGAUAUUACAAACCUUGAAAUUUGAUCUGCAGCUUCUCUUUUUAUUUGAUGUUUGGUAUCUACUUUUCUGAUGUCAGCAAAAUUUGACUUGCUGUAGAUAAAUUAUUUUAUGAAAAUUAUUUUCCUUUUUGUCAACAUGUAUGGUUUAAAUUGCCAAAUGAGUUUAUACAUUUUAGUUGUCCCUGUAUUUAUCACAAAGCGCAUGUUCAAAAACGUAUCUAAAUUAAAUAUAAUUUAAUGAAA